CGGCAGAUUCCGGGAGUGAAUGCAGGGCUCAGUGCGUUCCAGAAAGUGUGGGCGGCGGGAGGCGGGGACAGGACUAGGCUGCAGAGGGUAGAGCGACGGAUAAUUCAGGCAAGUGGUAAUGUGGACCUGAAUGAAGACUUCGGCAGCAGGGAGUAGAGGAAAGGACAAUUCCUGAAGAAUUUCGGAAGUUGAGCCGACCUACAUGACCAUCAUGAGAAAGCCACAAGCAGCUGUAGGAAGUGGUCACAGGAAGCAGGUGGACAGCCAGAAGGGAAGGAAGAGACGUGCCCUUAGCAGCAGCCAGGCCAACCCUGCUCCUGAGGGCCUGGCCGGGCAGCAGGAAGCAGUGGUAUUGCAGGCCUCCGUCUCCCCGUACCAUCAGUUCAGAGACGUCGCUGAAGUAACAGCCUUCCGGGGGAGCCUGCUGAGCUGGUAUGACCGAGAGAAGCGAGACCUACCCUGGAGAAGACUGGCAGAAGCCGAGGUGGACCUAGACAGGCGAGCAUAUGCUGUGUGGGUCUCAGAGGUCAUGCUGCAGCAGACCCAGGUCGCCACGGUGAUCAACUACUAUACCCGAUGGAUGCAGAAAUGGCCAACGCUGCAGGACCUGGCCAGUGCAUCCCUGGAGGAAGUGAACCAGCUGUGGGCUGGCCUGGGCUACUACUCUCGAGGCCGGCGGCUGCAGGAGGGAGCUCGGAAGGUGGUUGAGGAGCUAGGAGGCCACAUGCCACGUACAGCAGAGACCCUGCAGCAGCUCUUGCCCGGUGUAGGACGGUACACAGCUGGAGCCAUUGCUUCCAUUGCCUUUGGCCAGGCAGCUGGAGUGGUGGAUGGGAACGUAGUGCGAGUGCUGUGCCGUGUCCGAGCCAUUGGUGCCGAUCCCAGCAGCACCGCUGUCUCCCAGCAGCUCUGGAGCCUAGCCCAGCAGUUGGUGGACCCAGCUCGGCCAGGGGACUUCAACCAAGCAGCCAUGGAACUGGGGGCCACGGUGUGCACCGUGCAGCGCCCAGCCUGCCUCCAGUGCCCUGUGCAGAGCCUGUGCCGGGCACACCAACGGGUGGAGCGAGAGCAGCACUCGGUCUCACGGAGCCAGCCAGCCAGUCCUGAUGUGGAGGAGUGUGCUCCUGGUGCUGAACAGUGCCAGCUGUGCCCGCCUCCCACAGAUCCCUGGGACAGGACCCUGGGAGUGACCAACUUUCCCCGAAAGGCCAGCCGCAAGCCCCCCAGGGAGGAGUACUGUGCCACAUGUGUUCUGGAGCAGCCCAGGGCCCUCGGGGGUGCCCGAAUUCUGCUGGUGCAGAGGCCUAACUCAGGACUGCUGGCAGGACUGUGGGAGUUCCCAUCUGUGGCCUUGGAGCCCUCAGGACAGCAUCAGCACAAGGCCCUGCUGCAGGAACUCCAGAGCUGGGCCGGGCCCCUCCCAGCCUCCCGCCUCAGGCACCUUGGGGAGGUGGUCCAUACCUUCUCUCACAUCAAGCUGACUUACCACGUGUAUGCUCUGGCCCUGGAAGGACAGACUCCGGUGACCACUGCAUCCCCUGGUGCUCGCUGGCUGACCCGGGAGGAGUUUCAUGCUGCAGCCGUCUCCACCGCCAUGAAAAAGGUGUUCCGCCUAUAUGAAGGCCAACAGCCAGGGACCUGCAAGGGUUCUAAAAGGUCUCACCUGUCCACUCCAUCCAACCGGAAAAAGCCCAGCCCAGGCCAGCAAGUUCUGGAUAGUUUCUUUCGGCCUUCACCCCACCCUGAUGCACCCAACCUCAGUAGUGCAGCCCAGCGAUGCCUCUGGAAGCCUCUACCCCAAGAGUCCUAUUGUUCAAUAAAGUGCUUAUUUUUGUAGUCA